UGGAAGGGCCGACGGAGACGCUGGAGGCGCUCCAGCCGUCGCCUCGAUCGCCACGAGAGCGAGGGGCCAGCGAUUCGACUCCGAGAAAAGACGGUCGAAAUCGGACCGUGACUUUUGGCUCCGAGGAGCAUCAAGAAUUCAAAGACAUCGCGGCCAAGGUAGAGGAAACUGCUUGUGCUGAACCGUCGGCUCCCUCGAUGCCCCGGCCGUCGGCUCCCUCGAUGCCCCGGCCGUCGAUGGCUCACCGACCGACCUUCCGCCGGAGCAGUGCUGGAGGGUCCUCGGCGCGACCCAGCAAUGCCCCGCGGAAGAUGAGCCUAUGGGACUUGGAAGGAAAGCAGAAGCGAAGUCAGAAGCCGUCGAAUGCUUCGACUCUGAGCACCGCGACCAUGGAGACGGAACCAGAGGAGGAAGUUUAUGAGGGCGGUAUGAAGUGGUCCCUAUCUGAGAUUCGUCCUGAGCUUCGAGGUCAACUGGGAGCUGCAGGACGUCGCAGGCGUUGAGUCGUGCCAAGGAUGCCGGGAGAUCCAAAGGACAAAUGCCUUUGGAGAACGAGCCAACAAACAAUACGUUGAAGAUGCCCCGAUGCAGAGAGUUUCCGAUCCGAAAAUCCGGAUGUGACUGCGGUGCAAAAUGAUUGCCCCUCCAAAAUUGGAUGGGCAUCAUUUUGUGAGUUGAGAGAACAUAGCAUUUUACC